AUGGGAUCGGUAUCAGACCUAGACACCUCCCUCCCAGCUGGCGCUUGGGACAGCCACGUCCACGUCGCAGACGAAGAUAACUUUCCUUACCAUGCAUCACACCCCUAUCGCCCCAAAAAAGCCGCUCUCGAGGAGCUCCUCGCCUUCCAAAAGAGUCAAGGGAUUAGUCACAACUGUCUCGUUGCCUUCUCCGUAUACCACACCGACAAUUCAAUCCUUCUAGAUGCCCUUCGCCGCUUAAAUGGCAAGGGUCGCGCAGUCGCCUGCAUCGACCUUGAAAAAACCACAGAUGAUGAACUACAAGAGCUACAUGACGCCGGAGUCAGGGGAAUCCGUCUCAACUUGCGGACAACAGAUACACGGCCUGACAAGGCCGCAUUAGCGAAUUUGUUCACACGCGCAGCGGAUAGAAUCAGGCGUUUCGGUUGGGUAAUCCAGGUGUACGUAUCGUUGGAUCAGAUCGCGGGGUUUGCAUCGAUUGUGCCAGCCUUGGGGGUGCCGGUUGUGAUUGACCACAUCGGCCAUCCGGAGUCAUCGAAAGGACCGCCGAGACUGCAGAAUGGGUUCCAGGAUUUCAUGGAACUUCUGAAGUCGGGUCUCGUGUAUACAAAACUCAGUGGAGUAUACAGGUUCGAGGAUUUGCCGGAGCUAGACUCGUAUGUGAGAGAGAUCUUGACUACCGCUCCGGACAGAGUUGUUUGGGCGAGCGACUGGCCGCAUAGUGGUGGAGUUUCGGCGAAUCCCGGAGGCGACAGGACUAAGAUCCAGGAGUAUAGGAAGGUUGACGAUCAGGCUUGGGUGGCUAGAUGUAAGACCUGGUGUCGGCAGGUUGGGGACGACCUGGUGAGGAAAAUCUGGGUGGAUAAUCCGAGAAGGUUGUGGCAAUACGCCGGCGAUGACUAG